AUAAAAAUCCCCAUUUAUUAAAUAAAACCAUGAGUUUUCGCGAAAGUUAUAAAUUAAUUACAAAACAAGCCAUUCGUUGGUUUCCCGGCCAUAUGGGCAAAGGACUGAAACAAAUGCAACAAAAACUCAAAUCAGUUGAUUGUAUAUUGGAGGUACACGAUGCUCGAAUACCAUUCUCUGGUCGGAAUCCUGAAUUUCAACAGACAAUUGCUGGUGGGGUGAAGCCACACGUACUUGUACUAAAUAAAAAGGACCUUAUCACACCAAAGGAACAGCGUUACAUUCGAGAUGCUCUGCGGGAUAGAGAACGUAUUGAUCACGUAAUCUUUACAAAUUGUAAAGAUCAACAAUGUUCGGGUAUACGUAAAUUACUACCACUGGCCAGCGAUUUAAUUGGAAAUUCAAAACGUUACAACCGUGAGGGUGAGCGUGAUUAUUGUGUCAUGAUUAUUGGUGUACCAAAUGUGGGAAAAAGUUCUCUGAUAAAUGUUCUACGUAAUCGCCACCUAAAGAAGAAAGCCGUAUCACAAGUCGGGGCUAUAGCUGGUGUCACUCGUUCUGUUAUGGAGAAAAUUAAAAUAAGCGAAGAUCCCUUAAUGUAUAUGAUCGAUACACCUGGUAUAUUGGAACCCAAAAUAAGCAGCGAUGAAAUGGGUAUGAAAUUGGCAUUGGUUGGUUGUUUACCAGAUCAUUUGGUGGGCGAAGACUUAAUAGCUGACUAUCUACUCUAUUGGUUGAAUAAAAAUGAAUGUUUUGAAUAUGUACCCCUGAUGGGUUUGGAACAGCCAAGUGAUAGUAUAUCUGAGGUAUUGGUAGCAUGUGCCAAUAAAUUAGGUGUUCAAAGGAAGAUUAAAAGAACCGAUGGCCAAAUAAUCAUAAUGCCAGAUAUACUACAUUCGGCUAGACAUUUUAUAAAGCUAUUUCGUACCAAAGCCUUGGGUCUACUCAAUUUGGAUAGACAGAUGUGAG